AUGGCUGAUUAUACCGGAGGCAGCGUGGAGGCCGACCACCUCUGCGUCCUAGUUCAUGGUCUAUGGGGCAAUCCCAAUCACAUGGCGUCCGUCGCCAAGAGCCUGCGCGCAAAACACUCCGCCGACAAGGUUUACAUUCUCGUCGCUAAGCGCAACAGCGGCUCCUUCACCUACGAUGGCGUCGAGACCGGCGGCGAGCGCGUCUGUCUUGAGAUCGAGGAGGAGUUGCGUGCCAUUGAGAGCCGGGGCGGCAAGAUCACAAAGUUGAGCGUUGUUGGCUACAGCCUGGGCGGUCUUGUCGCCCGCUACGCCAUCGGGCUGUUGUAUGCGAAGGGUGCGCUGGACAAACUUGAGUGCAUGAACUUCACUGCGUUCGCGAGCCCCUUUCUUGGAGUCAGGACCCCCCUCCACGGCUGGGCCAAUCAUCUCUGGAACGUGCUUGGUGCGAGGACGCUCAGCGAGUCUGGACGGCAGCUCUUCACCAUUGACAAAUUCCGUGACACGGGCCGUCCCCUGCUCGCCGUGCUGGCGGACCCCAAUUCCAUCUUCAUGAAGGGCUUGGCCAAGUUCCAGCGGCGGACGCUCUACACGAAUAUCGUCAACGAUCGCAGCGCCGUCUACUACACAACCGGCAUCUCAAAAACGGACCCCUACACGGACAUGUCCAAGAUUCGUGUAAAUUAUGUAAAGGGCUACGAAGAUGUAAUCCUCGACCCCGUCACGCCCGUGGCGCCGCUGCCCUCGACCUCGUGGGCCAAGCCCACGCUGCGCGAGUCGGCGCACAAGUGGUUCCGCCGCAUCCCGCUCAUCUUCGCGCUCGUCGUCUUCGUGCCCGUCGGCGUCGUCGCCUUCCUCGCCAACAGCGUCUUCCAGACCGCCCGCAGCACCAAGCGCAUCGCCCUGCACGAGAAGGGCCAGGCCGGCAUCAACCCCGCCGACUACCGCGGCGUGCCCCUGCUGCUGACCGAGAUCCGCGAGGCCGUCGAGCACACCUACGAGACCUUCAACAGCUCCCAGAACCAGGAGUACCUCGGCUCCGAGGACGAGGAGGAGCCCGAGGCCUCCGCCGGCAUCGUCGCCCUCGAGCGCAAGCAGAGCCACCCCCACCAGCCGACGCUCGCCCUCGCCCCCUACCAGUUCGAGAUGAUCAACGCCCUCGACAGUCUCGGCUGGCGAAAAUACCCCGUCUGGAUUCACAAGAUCAGCCACAGCCACGCGGCGAUCAUUGUACGGACAGAAAGGAGAGCUUCAGCGAGGGCAAGAUCGUCUUGA